AUGUCACAACCAAGUGACCCCCAGUACAAUGCAGGGGACGGCUACACACGCGACAUGAAUGGCCGCCCCGUAGACAUCGAAUCAGGCUCAUCAGCACGCGACAGAGCAUUCCCCAAAAACGCACCUCGUCCUCUCCGUCUAAAAGACCGCGUCGUCAGAAUAACAUGGAGUUGGUUCCCCUGCACAAUGUCAACAGGCGGUCUCGCCAACCUCCUCAACGAACAGCCAUACACAUUCACCGGCCUCAAAACCAUCGGCAAAAUAUUCUUCAUCCUCAACAUCAUCCUCUUCCUGACCUUCACAGCUCUCAUCAUCGCGCGCUUCACCAUGAAACCGCGCGCCUUCUCAACGAGUCUGCAUCAUCCGUCUGAAUCGUUCUUCUUUGGUGCUUUCUGGGUUUCUAUCGCGUUGAUACUUACGGGCGCGCAGUCGUACGGUGGGCCAGAAACGGGACCGUGGUUUACGACUGCUAUGAGGGUGGUUUUUUGGAUUUAUUAUGCUUGUGAAAUGGUGGUGGCGGUGACGCAGUAUCAUAUUAUCUUUGAGACGGAGAGGCUGGAUAUUUCGGAGGCGUUGCCCGGUUGGAUACUGCCUGCGUAUCCGUUUUUGGUGACGGGCAUGUUGGCGGCUAAGAUAGCGGGGAGUCAACCGCAGUGGAGUGCGGUGCAGAUUAUAGUUGCUGGUUUGAUGGGCCAGGGACUUGGAUGGAUGCUUGCGCUGUUCAUUUACGCUGUUUAUCUCUCAAGACUGAUUCAGCACAAGUUGCCGGAUGCGUCCAACAGGCCGGGCAUGUUUAUCGCCGUUGGACCAACAGCCUUUACGUGCGGCGGUUUGAUUGCACUCGGUACACAGGCCAAGUCUGCCCUUCCAGAUGACUUCCUCAGCACCCACAGCAUCCCAGCCGGCGAACUCUGGUCCGGCAUGUCAGUAGCCGCAGGACUCUUCAUUUGGCUCAUGGCGAUCUGGUUCUCAGCCCUAUCCGCGAUAUCAGUCCUCCGCGUCGCUCGAAGAAUGGAGUUCAGUUUGUCCUGGUGGGCACUUGUCUUCCCCAACGUCGGUCUCGCUCUUGCAAGUAUCAACGUUGGAAAUACCCUGUCAUCGAGAGGAAUCAAGAUUUUUGGAUCAGCGUUGACGGUUGUGUUAGUUAUUGUGUGGUUCAUCUGCGCGGCUUUUCAUAUUCGAGCUAUCAUCAGGAGGGAUUUACUUGCCGUUGGGAAGGAUCUGGCUGUUGAGCAUGUUAACAAGCAGCAUGAUAGAAAGGCUGAGAAGCAAAGAGACUAG